GGCGCUGUGGACCAGCAGGAGCGCGAGGAGCAUCCGCCCGUUAUCCCGGCGGCCGUUGCCAUGGCGACGUGGGGGCGCCGCAGCCGUUGCCGUAGCGACGGCCGUUGGUCCAGGGUGGAAUAGGUGGCAUGGACCCUGAUCCCCGAAACCGCCUCCUUUCUCCCAUCCUGAUGUUCCUACUGCUGCUGUUGCUGCCCGGUGGACUGAACAGCGAAACCAGUGAUCAAGCCUGCGGGCAGUCUCACACUGCACAGAGGAUCAGGGGGGGCCAGGAGAGCUUGGAGGGGAAGUGGCCAUGGCAAGUGAGUCUGCAGCUGGACAGGAGACACGUGUGCGGGGGCUCCCUGCUCAGUAGGUGGUGGAUCCUCACGGCGGCCCACUGCUUCAACAGCUCGGAGGACAUCUCCUCCUAUUCGGUCCACGUGGGAGAGCUGACCCUCUUCUCAGAGCUCGGUGACCCCUACAUGUUCUCCGUGGAAAGGGUGGUGGUCCACCCCGAUUACUCCCGGGGCGGCUACCUGUGGGCUGACCUGGCUCUGGUCAAGCUCCAGCCGGCCGUGCAACUGUCUCCCCGGAGCCUGCCCAUCUGUCUGGCCGCCCCCACCCUCCGCCUGCAGAGGAGGAAGAAGGCCUCCUGUUGGGUGACGGGCUGGGGACGCAUCUCCGAGGAAGUGAAUUUGCCAUGGCCCUUCGCCCUCCAGGAAGCGGAGGUGUCCCUGUUGGACAGGAGCACCUGUGAGAGGAGGUACCGCCAAAUCUUCGGGCGCGAGCCUUCCUACAGGCCCAUCAUCACCAAGGACAAGAUCUGUGCCGGAGACCCCAAGGGCCUGAAGAACCCCUGCAGGGGGGAUUCCGGAGGCCCGCUGGUUUGCGAGCUGGGCGGCCGCUGGGUCCAGGUUGGGGUGGUGAGCUGGGGGCGGGCCUGCGGCAAGCCCCCCUACGUGCCCGUCGUCUACACCCAAGUGUCGCCCUUCGCCAAGUGGAUCGCCAGCCAGGUGCCCAGUGUCACCUUCGCCUCCAUGUCCCCUCGCCUCGGGCCCAGCCGGCCCCUACCCCUGCUGCUGCCCCUCCUGCCCUUCCUCCUCCUGCCACCCCCUCCCCAGGACCCCUGAUCAAGGCCCC